AUGUUUAAGCUAAUUACCAAGCAGUCACCGAAGAAGACCAUCGAACAGGCGAGGACGCUACGCGUCGAUUCAGCGAUAGCGGCCAGCAUCAGCGAUGCUAUGCUUGAAGCGGGAGACUCCUUUUCCGUUGUGACAGCGCGUGGUAUCAGCUCCGUGUAUGCCGGUGACCUUUCCGCUGAAGGACUUCUGGGUUCACAGGGUGCUGCGUUUCUGACCCUGGAGUACAAGAGCUCGUCGCACACGGCGUAUGUCAAGAACGGCGCCACCGGCGAACUCAUCAUGAUGCUGGUGCGCGAGUCGAGGGAUAACUCGUGGCACGAGGAGGGAAAGUCGUACGCGCGUUUCGGUAACGCGACGGAGGCACGACUGUGGUCGAAUGGGCGGCCUUUGGGGGUUAACUACUCUGAGACUCUUAUGGACGUCGCGCCUCGGUCGUUCAGUCAGGAGAAAGCACAGAUGGGGGCGUCCAUGAUCGAGGUGAUCAAGGAGAAAGUCGGCAACUCCGUCCGCCUGUACAAGCAGAAGGCGGAUGGGUCGCGGGGAAUCGAGGUCGCUGCAUACACUAAGGUGAAAAACGGCCCUGCGGUGUUCCGCCUGGUUUCUAGGGACAUUCUGGAUCCUGCUGUUGCCGUUGCCAUCUCCAAUGCUGCUGCUGCUGCUGCUGCUGUUCCUGCUGCUGCUGCUGUUCCUGCUGCUGCUGCUGUUCCUGCUGCUGCUGCUGCUGCUGCUGCUGCUGCUGCUGCUGCUGUUGGUAUGGGUGGGCGUUGCGCUGAUCAAGAGUUGGCUGAUGACUGUCCGUCAGUGAAGACUGCAGGGGAUGCUGUAUCUGUUGUGUCUGCUGAGUAUCCUCUGCUGGUCGCAGCCGAUCCACCCACCCAAGCCCAGUAUGCGCACCAGGGCCCACGGGAGACGAACAGCGGCCUGGGGAGAUGGUUGAGGGGCAAGAGCGCAGUUGAGGAGAAUGCUGCGCCACAGAAUUUGGACUUUGGACAAGAUGGGCUGGGGGCGGCAGGGGAAGCGUCGCAGGAGAUCGAAGCUGUCGGAGAGAAGACGGCACAUGUGGUGAACAUGUAG